AUGGGUUCCAUAGCAACAAAAAACGAGGAGCGUUUCCACCCAGCAACGCACAAUGGCAAUGGACUUCAGAGUCAUCACAACCACAAUAGCGUGGGCGACCUCCGUGCUUCUGAAGCGACUCUUCAGACAGAACAACCAUGGCAUUUCGAUACUCUUCAGGUCCACUCCGGGCUUGAGGACGAGACUGCUCACGGACAAAACUCACUUCCUAUCUAUAACUCAGCAUCUUUCCGAUUCAGGACCUCCAAGAGUAUUGAGGAGGCAUACAGCUUUGAGGAUGGGCCCAAGAGCCAGUAUUACAUGUACAGCCGACUUUCUAACCCCAGCAACACCGGAUUCGAGAGACGAAUGGUCGCCCUGGAGCUUGGCAAAGAGGGACUUUCGUUCGCUAGCGGCGCCGCUGCCAUCUUUUCCCCUGAGUAA